AUGGCUUCCAAAAGCAUAUUCCGACAACCAGGAGCGCAACACUUUCAGCUCGUCCACAGAUCCCUAAGAGAUCCCCUCAUCGAUGACCCCGAUGCUCCUCAGCGAGUCCUCAAAGCAGUUGACAGACCCAAUGAGAAGAAGUCCACUUACACCCUCGCGGACCUCGAAACGACACUGGACAAGAAACAAGUUCGAGACAAUGAAGGUGAAGCAGCGUUAUACGGUAUCACAUACGAUGAUUCCUCUUACGACUAUAUGGCUCAUCUUCGACCUAUCGGUGCUCCUGGUGCAUCCGAAGUCGUUCUCAUCCCUGGUCCAAGAGGGUCUGGAGUUGCAAAGGGGAUGAAAACUCAAGCUCGUGGAAAAGGUAAAGGUAAAGAUGAUGAGCUCUUUGAUCUUCUUCCACCAGAGGUUCUGCCCGGUCCCGACAGUAAGACCAUGCAGGAAGUAUGGGCCAGUCAAGAAGCUGUACCUCCUGAAUUACAAGGGUUACAACCUGAUAUGGACCCUCAUCUUAGACAGGUGCUCGAAGCAUUGGAGGACGACGCUUUUGUGGAUGAUGAAGGGGACGGGGAAUGGUUUGAGGAGUUGGUAAAAGGUGGAGAAGCGAAAGAUGGACGAAGAGCUGAGUACGAGUUUGUAGAAUGGGGUGCUGAGAAGGAUGAAAAGAGGGCAGAUAAACGGGAAGAGAAAGGUGGCGGAGAAGGUACUUGGGAGAAUAUGAUGAAAGCUUUCAAGUCUGAGAGGAAGCCAAGUGGGUCGGAUGAGGAAGAGAGUGAAAUGGCAGAUACGGUAGGUUCGUUGGCUUCCAAUAUGAAGGAUAUGAUGGUUCUUGGAGGAAAAAAGAGAAGAGGGAAGAGAGGUCCUUCUGAUGCAACUGGGAUGAGUAUGAGUUCUUCGAGUAUGUGGAGGAAUGAAGGGUUGAGGACGUUGGACGAGCAGUUCGAUCAGCUUGGGAAACAAUAUGAACUCGACGAAGAAGAUUUCCCCGAUGACGUAUCCGUAGCAGCAUCAACAAUGACCAGUAUGACUGGUCUCUCAACUUCAUCCCGUCUUUCACUCCUCUCUCACGCUUCCCGCGCUCCACCUCCACCUCCUGAAUUGACAAGGGAUGACUUCGAAGCUAUAAUGGAUGAUUUCCUUGAUAAUUAUGAAAUCCUUGGAUCGCACAUGCGUCCUUCCCUUGGAUCUACUUCUUUGACCGGUCCUGAGAAAUUACGAGUUUUGAGGAAUGCCAUUGAUUCUGAUGAGGGAGUGGGGAAAGAAGAGAAUAGAAGGAGGAUCAUGGAGUUGGAAAGGAUCACUAGGGAGUAUCAGAAAGAAGAUAGGGAUAAAUUACCUAUGAGGGAGAUAGUGGGUAAGGAUAGAGAUCAGUGGGAUGCUCAGACAAUCAUCUCAACAUAUACAAACACGGAGAAUCAUCCCGCAGUCAUACGAACCAAACGACCCUCCGAGAUGAAAAAAGCUGCAGCUAUCAAUUUUUCUUCCCAAGACUCCCACCCUCGGGCAGACCAUCAAGAAGAUGAUGAAUCGGAUUCAGGUAGUGAAACGGAACGUGAAACACCUACAACGAUAACUCGAAUAAAAGGAGAAACGACACAAGAACGUAAAGCUAGAAAAUCAGCUGUUAAAGCUGAUAGAGCUUCAAGGAGACAAGAGAAAAGAGAACAUCGUGAAACUUUUUCGAGUGAAAGGAAAAGACAAUUGAACGCUCAUAAGAGGUUGGUAGGAGGUGGUAAAGCUGCUGAUUUGAAUAUCGUUUCGAGAGGUGUACUUUCUCUCAGCUGA